UCAUUUCACGCGUAGUCAUCAUCCUCUCCGCUCCCAAUCAACAGCUUAGCUUAGCUCUACGUUUUCCGCCGGAGCAGUCAGUGCCUUAUCAUCUUCAUCCAUGGCGUCAAUCUUCGUCACUGUCCCUAAAGCCUUCUCCCUUCACAGGACAAACCUCCCUUCUUUCUCCAAUUCCUCCAGAUUAAUCGCAACCCGGAGGAACUCUCUCAGAAUCAAUGCAGUUGCUGUGAAAGUGGAGCCAUCCAAGGUCGUUCCACAAGCAGACAGAGUCCUUAUUCGUCUCGAGGAGCUGCCUGAGAAAUCGGCCGGCGGAGUUUUGUUGCCAAAAUCAGCAGUGAAGUUCGAGCGAUACCUAAUGGGUGAAGUUCUCUCUGUUGGAGCUGAUGUUGAGGAUGUGCAGGCUGGGAAGAAGGUACUUUUCUCGGAUAUAAAUGCAUAUGAGGUGGAACUGGGUUCAGAGGCAAGGCAUUGCUUCUGCAAAGCCGGUGAUUUGCUGGCUGUGGUAGAGUAGGGAGGUACAACAAUCAUCAAGUGAUAGCAUGAUUGAGUGAAAUCCCUCCUAGUUUUUGCGUUGUAUUUCUCCCACAUUAUUUUAUCAUAGAACUAUGAUGUGGCGAACGGAAAACCGGAUGGGAGAGUGUUGAUACUCUUCAGAGCUGACUGUACCAGUAUUUUGCAAAAUGUGCACCUUGCUAUUUAGUGGAAUUGGUUAAAAGAUGAAGCAUCUAUUUUGAGGCUUUAAUCUGUUGUUACACUCAA